AUGGCAAUUCUGCACUAUUUCGAAUUUCUCCUAGGCCGUUUACUAUACCCUAUCCGCGGCCAUGAUUCACGUCAAAUUAUCCAUUGUCCGGCCUUCAAGGACCUUGCUCAGCCAAACAUGACUCUCGAGGCUACCGAUAUAGGUCCCUCUGGCUCCAAACUUCCUCUCAGUUGUACAUGCAAAGCAGAGGAUGGCAGAGGGGCCCUGCCUAAGCUGUGUUGGACUGCACCCAACUCCCGCGAAGAAGUCAAGGAAUACGUACUACUGUGUGAAGAUCUCGACCCACCUAUCCCGUUCAUCGUCUUCCAUCAUGGCCUUCUCUGGGCUAUUCCCGCCUCAAAAAACAAGGCUGAGCCCAAGGAUAUUGCACCAGGUGAACACGCCAAGAUAUCUCGCCAGACCGUCGCUGGCUGGCGCUUCGUUCCUAAUGUACGUGGAACGCCAUAUGUCGGUGCCGGUGCACCACUUGGACAUGGCAAGCAUCGAUAUGUGUUCACCAUCAUUGCCCUGAGCGAGUCGCUGAAGUUCCAAGCCCCGGAAACGGCUAGCAAGAAAGACAUCAAACGAGCCAUGGAGGGAAAAGUCAUUGGUUGGGCCCAGUGGACUGGAGUCUUCGAGAAGCCCUGGCCUCAUUAG